GGCAGGGGCGUAUAGUUAUACCAGAUAUACUCAAUUGUUCACUUUCCCCCCCGAAUAUAAAACGCUGAACCUUGCCGUAUUCUGUCAAACAGAGCACCAUGUCACUGGCAAUCCCUCUCUGCUUUGUCCCUUUUAUCGUACUUUGUACAUGUCAUAACCUAACCGUGUACAACACAUCUCUGGACGACAGCGGCAAAAUGGAGCUCUUGUGGCAGGUAGACUACGAAGCAUCCACGGUGAUAUUUCAGCUCCGUGCGGAUACAGACGCGAACGGCUUCGCGUUCGGCAUGUCCGAUGACGGGACGUUAAGGAAGGCCGAUCUGGUGGUGUUCUGGACCGAGGGAAACUCUGUCAAUGUUGCGGACUCUUGGACAGAUGAUCAUGGUUAUUUUCACGUUGAUAAGAGUCAGGACUAUCAUCUGAUUGACUACACAGCCAACGCAGGGAAAACCAGCGUAACAUUCAGUCGUCGAUUCGACACCUGCGACCAACAAGACUACCGCAUCGACUCAGGAACAACCAACUUGCUGUACGUCUUACCCGAACACGACAUCUCUGCUGUAUCUGAUCUGAAUAAUGACGACGCGCGCAUGCGUUUCGGAACCAAACGACAGCAGUUGUUGAAGACCGACACGGACACCCCUCCGCUUCCACCGGAUGUGAGGUCAUUCGACAUCCGGGUGAAUCAGGCAAAGAUCCCACCAGAAGAGACAACUUAUUGGUGCAGAACUCAGCCACUCCCGACACUCCCUGCGAAGGUUCACGUUCUUCAGUACGAGCCCAUCAUUGCCCCUGGGAACGAGGCUGUGGUACAUCACAUGACCGUGUUCCUGUGUGGGAACGACGUGAGUAGUACAGCCGGGUACGACGGUCCGUGUGAGGGGGAGGAGGAUCGGCGGGAACUCAAGACCUGCAAACACGUGAUCGCUGCAUGGGCCAUGGGUGCACAGGCAUUUGCCUACCCAGAGGAGGCUGGAAUCCCUCUAGGCGGUCCGAGUGCUUCUACGUUUGCCAUGAUAGAAAUCCACUACAACAACCCAGGGCGACGAAAGGAUAUUGUGGACAGCUCGGGCGUCAGAUUCCACUACACGCCAACGCUACGACGUCAUGACGCAGGAAUCAUGGAGCUGGGCUUACGUUACCUGCCGUCCAUGGCGAUACCACCACGUCAGGAUAGUUACGUCAUCACGGGGUUCUGUCCCGCACAGUGUACGGUCAAGGGCCUCCCCGCAGGUGGCAUUCAGGUGUUCGCUUCGCAGCUACACACGCACCUGGCAGGAACAGCUGUGUGGACGAAGCACGUGAGAAGCGGAGUGGAACUUCCCGAGCUGAACAGGGAUAACCACUACAGCACGAUGUUUGAGGUGAAGCGUCUGUUCAGAGAGAACGAGGGAGAGAGGGGGGAGAGAAAGAAGGGAGAGAAAGGCAAAGAGAAGGACAGGGGGAGAUACGACCAUUACGACGAAGGAACUCAAGGUGAUGUCCUGAUGACCAGCUGUAAAUACAACACCGCAGACCGUCGCAGUGUUACUCUGGGUGGGUACGGUAUCCAUGACGAGAUGUGUCUGAACUACAUCCACUACUACCCCGCUUCGCCGCUACAGGCCUGUAAGAGUGUGGUGGCAGCCUCGGCUUUGGACAGGUUCUUCGACGUGGUGUUCAGCUUGUUUGGAACACCAAAUGAGCAAAACGUUGCAGACGAUUUUUCUCACAUGCCAUGGAACCCAUUGACAACGGCUUAUCUGACGUCACUCUACCGACGCGGACCAAUAGACGUCAUGUGCCAGAAAACUACUGGUGAAAUUUUUGAGGGGAAGUGGACUGACUUAGAACAGCCGCAUAUUCGGAAACCCCAGAAUCCUCAGCGGAAGUGUCAAGCAUGAUGAGUAGUUCUCACCCGGAUUUAGUUGGAACAUCAAGAACUGAACAGUGUUAAGCUGUCACAUGUUAAAUGUGCGGGGCGUAUGUUGAUGAGAAUUUACAUGAUUUGGAAAAUAAUCUUAAGACUGUCUGUUUUGAAUAUUCCGGUGACAAUGAACUUGAUCAAGACAAAAAGUUUUUCCAGAUAUCCACCACCCGUGAUCUUCUAUCGUGUUCGGUA